GUUCCUUUUCUUUUCCCCAGAUUGCGUGGAUGCUGUGAGUGAAUGUUGAUAGUUCCCUGAGUACUAUAUUGUGUCAUUCAGCAUUGACUACCGUGUCGAUACAAUGGAAACCGAAACCAUGAUGCCCUCGCCACCAACUAAGUCAGAAGGAGUUCGUCUGAAAAAAGAACUCCGUUUGAUGGAAGCCGUUUCUGUCAUUGUUGGACUUAUCGUUGGGACAGGAAUCUUCGUUUCGCCGACCGGAGUCCUACAAGAAACUGGAUCUGUUGGAUUUGCUAUAUUGGUUUGGGUUGCGUGUGGAAUUCUGUCGACGAUGGGAGCAAUUUGUUAUGCGGAACUUGGUACCUUGAUUCCAGUCAGCGGCGGAGAUUUUGCCUACAUUCGUGAAGCAUUUGGCGAUUUCCCAUCAUUUCUCUUCAUUUGGGACGCAGUUUUCGUUUUUGUUCCGACUACUAAUGCGAUUAUGGCAUUGACGUUUGCCAACUAUGCAAUGCAGCCAUUCUAUGGAACUUGCGAAGUUCCCGAUGAUGCCAAGCGUCUCAUUGCUGCAAUUGUAAUAUGUGAGUUUCUCGAAUUCCAUGUGUCUUUGUUUCCGACGUACUUUAUAAAUUUGGUUUCGAAUUCUGACGCAGGUUUUCUUACGUUUUUAAAUUGCUGGAACAUGAAGAUCACGAAAAAGGUUCAAGACGUGUUUCUCAUCACAAAGAUCUCAGCAUUGGUGAUUGUAAUCAUUGCCGGCAUGACUUAUCUGUUUAUGGGGCACUACGAAAGCUUCCAGGCGCCUUUUGAGAACUCUUCCUCAUCUCCUUCCAAAAUCGCAGUUUCGUUUUACCAAGGAAUGUUCUCGUAUGCAGGCUACAACUACUUGAACUACAUGUUCGAAGAAGUGCAGAAUCCAUUUGUAAAUGUGCCAAGAGCGAUUUACAUUUCGAUGCCGCUUGUGACGCUGCUUUACGUUUUGGCAAAUGUCGCAUAUUUAGCGGUUCUUCCACCGUCAGUUAUGCUGGCAUCUAAUGCAAUCGCUGUGACAUUCGGGGAUAAAGUACUUGGCAUUUUCAGUUGGAUAAUGCCCGUAUUUGUGGCCAUGUCUGCUUUAGGCGCGUUAAGUGUCCACGUCAUGACCAGUGCGAGGAUUUGCUUCAAGGCAGCUUCUGUUGGGCUGCUCCCGGACUCCAUGGCAUUGGUCAGCUUGCGGAAAACGCCCGCUGUUUCCUUAACUUUCCUGGGUAUUUUAUCGCUUUGUUACCUGUCAACGAGCCAAGUGAGUCGUUUGAUCGACUACGCAGCGUUUGUGGAGUCGAGUUUCAUCUGUUUGUCAAUCAUGGGAUUGUUGUACUUCCGCUGGAAGAAACCGGAUGCUCAUCGGCCUGUCAAGGUUUUCUUACCCAUCCCGAUUUUCUUCUUGGUGAUUUGCCUCUUCCUGGUGAUCUUCCCGGUGGUUGAGAGAGUGGAAGAGGUUGGAGUUGCUGUUCUGAUCACUUCCCUCGGGAUCCCGAUUUACUGCUUUGCUGUUUUGUGGCGCUCGAAACCCCAGUGCAUCAAACGAUUCCAUGACAUAACAACUGUGCAAGCCCAGAAGUUGUUCCUGUCGCUUCCGCAAGACGAUUACGACGGGGAUGAAGAUGACGACGACGAAAACGACGAAGAAAAGAAAAAUAACGAAGAUCUGAAGCGAAGACGGAACCGGAAAGUUGGCGAGAGCUGCAUGAUUUGUUUUCUCUUUCUCUCGCACUUGCGGAAGGAGGAAGAAUUCCUCGGGUCUCUGGCGUCACUCUUUCGCCGUGGAAUGUCGAGGAGGUAUGAUGGCCACUCAAAUUCAGCUGUUGCAAAGCCAGCACAUGCCAAAUACUUUAUGGGUCAUGGUCAUGCUGGAGGCCAUCAUGGGGACUCUUUGCUUCAGCAGCAGCAUCAUGAUGAUGAGGCCAUCAUCAUCAGCAGCAGGGAACCUUCAAUCAACAAUCCAAGAUGGCGCCGCAUGAAAGAACCCUCACCUCAGGAUGCAUUUGGAUUCAAUGGGGCCAUGUCUUACAUUGGAGGGAAAAACAUAAUUAAAGCCGAAAGUUCAACGUCGUCAUCACCAUAAUCCGAUGCAUAAAAAAAAUAAAUCUCUUGUCACAAAAUUAUGUUAUUCUUGUAUAUCGCACAGCAGGAUGGUUUAUUGGCAUGGUUUUCAACCCACAUCCAGCAGCAGAAAUAAUGAGACAAUUGCGUUGCGGAAAAUACUGCUUGAUUAUAUGUGGAAUACGGAGCAACUGUCAAUAAAGUCUAUAUGGACUAGACCAA